GCCGUCAGGGAAGAGAAGCAUCUUUCCUUCAGUAGGUUUGAGUCAACACCUGUCAGUCAUCUUUGUAAUACCAGGUUGGAUACCUAAAGCUGCAGGGAAAAAGGAUCAGGAGAACUUUCAGGACGAGACUGUAUCCAACACUUCAGAUAUGGCAGAAACGAAGUUGCUGUUCCGGGAAGUUCUUCCAAAACAAGAGCAGUUGUAUGUAGAAGAUACACCCACAAUGGUGCUAUGUAAACCUGUACUUUUACCAUUAAGAUUUAUGACUGUGCCAAAACUGGAGAAAAUACAGCAAGCAGCACAGGAUACAAUUCACCAACAGGAAAUGACAAAAAAGGAACAACAGAAAAUAACUUACUGAACAUCAGUAUCAAAACAUAAUCAAAACCCUAAAAAUGGAAAUUAAUAAGGACUUGAAAGAGCCCAUGAAAUAAAAUGAAUAUAAAUUUGGAAGUUUUAUUUCUAAAAGACUGUAGCUAGACCUGCAAUGGGUAUGUUCCUAGG